UUGUUCUAUGAUCUGUCAUUUAUAAAAUAAAGGUUAUCUAAUUUCUGUUUUGCCUAAAAAGAUUUUGUAUUCUAGAAUAAAACAAAAUGAACAUUCCUUUGUUUCCAACUCUUAAACCGAGAUUAAUAGAUUCUUUGUGGUUCCAACCCGACACACCUUGUAAUGAAGAGGAAGAAGUGAAUAGGCUCGAAAAGGAACAUAGGGCUUGGAUUACUAACAGCAUACGAUUAGUAGAAAUGGUUCCAAUAGGAAACGUUUCAAUGGAGGCUAAUGAAGAAGACGAAGAAGAAGAUGAUGAAGAUGAUAAUGACGAUGAGGAGGAGUCUGAGAGUCAUGAUGAGGAUGAAGAUGAUGAAAUUGAAUUAGAACCAAUUCAAGACCUUAAUUCCACCCCUCAUAUCAAUGGUGGAGGACUUGGACAUGCUGUGAGAUGAAAGUAUGAAUGUCUCGAUGAAUGUGCAAGACACUUCUCUUAUUAUAUUAUGUGAAUCUUAUGCUCGAUUUGGUAGAACUAAAUUCAUUCAUUUUUAAUAUACUUUUGUUAUUUUUUUUAUAGUACUAUUCGUAAUGAAUUUUGUAAAUAAACUUUGGUUUGAUAUUCUA